GUUCCGUAGGUGGGCGCCUAUGCAAGUUUUUUGAGUAUAUAAUUCGCAAGCAUUAUGUCGUCGUCAUAUAAAUAUAUCUCCUAUAGGCCUCUUGCAUAUACCGUGUAGGAGUCCUCGUCUACUGUCUAGUCGGAUGUAGUCGAGUUACUGCGCAGCCGCCCGAGAGCGUCGUGGAUAUAGUAGCGUUAUACACAAGCGCUACACAUAUACGAGACAGCACACGGACACACCGCUGCUAGCUCGGCUAGCGGAGCAGCGCGCACGACGGGCCUACUAUAAUAUACCGCUUAGACGAACUACGACACUACGUGCGUCGCAUGCACGAUAGAGAAGAGGUCUCCUCCGCGCGCGGCUCUCGCGAAGGACGGCAACUUUGAGAAUAUUGCCCAUCGAUAUAUAGGCAGCACACGCUCUUUCUCCUGCGCGACGGAACGUGUCGCUGCCUGCAGUCAGCAGAGUGUGCUGCUGUAUAUGUUCUCGCUGUAGUGUAUAAGCGCUGUGCUGCCUCGCUCGGGCCUGCCUACGCUGCUGCUGCGCGAUGAUGAUAUGAAUAACCAAGUGUGCUUACUGUUUAUUAUAUAUAUGUAUACACGCGCUAACCACACUCUCGCUACUCGCUGCUGCCUGUGUGAGAGCCAGCCGAGAGAGUAGCAGCAGCAGCAGCAGCAGCAGCAAAGCAGGCUAUACCCUAGCGUGAGGGCCACCGACAGAGGGCAUUGCCACAUAACGCUAUUAGUUUCGUUCGAUUCUCGGCUAUGCGUAGUCGACUAACCUCGACUUUCCUGCCUGCGAUAAUCUAACCCCAAAAUUUUCAUAUAUCAAGUACAAAAGCUGCUGUGUCGACGUCGUCGGUGUGCGUGCGUGUGUUGUUGUGUGUGCGCCCGCGCGACCUACGUGUGUGCCUGUUUCUGUGUGUGCGGCGACUGCGGACGGAUGUCGUUCGAUGCUCGUGUCUAUGCUACUGCUGCUGCUAGCUCGCGCACAUAUGAUCGUCGACGUCGUCUACGUCCGAUGUGGCCCGCAGCAGCACGCCAUUUCCACGCCAUUCUCCAAAAACAAUCGCCGCGGCUGACUUAGCGAUACAUACUGCUGCGACAAGUAGUAGUAGCUGCUCUCCGCCUGGCCGAUCUCCCUGUGCAAGUGCAUCGCUCGAAAGUGUGUGCAGUUCGUGCGUGCAGUUUUUUUCUCCAAAAUUGUGAUCGCAGUGAUACGCAGACUUCUUGAUGCCGAGAAUAAUCAUAAUCACAGUGCUCGCGCGUCGAAACUGAUAAUACACAUCAUUGACGUAUCGAUCCCGCAUCUUGAUCCAACCGAGUCAAGAGAUCCGAUACGCACUGAUACACGCAUACAAAAUUUGCGCUUCUGCAUCGAGCACCGAGAGUUAGUGUCUUUUGCAGCUCUUUGCUGGCUCUGCCCUCAAGGACGCAAGGCACAUGUCAAUUGCUGCUGCUGAAAAUGCAGGGCCUGGCCCGUGUGACCUGCAAGACCCACUGUGGGUCAACAAAAUGAAUGCUAUUACUGGAAACAACAAUAAAAAAAGAAAAAAGUCAGAUGCUAAGCCACAAUCGCAACUUAACAAGUGCCUUAAUGAAAAGCGUCGACGGACCCAUGAAAACGGAUUCAUCGACGAACUUGCUGAGCUGAUUUCCGUGUCGGAUAUGAACUCUGGCAAAACUGACAAAUGUCAAAUUCUGCAAAAAACCGUCGACCAAAUUCGACAAAUUAAUGAACAAACGAGACUUCAUAAUCAUGCUGUCCAACAAGGUGAAGUAUCUUCGUCUAAUCCCAAUGUUCUCUCUAACGAUCAAGUAGGAUCUGUUUUGUUGGAAGCAUUAGAUGGUUUCAUGUUUGUUGUGAACCCUGAAGGCCGAGUGGAAUUCGUCUCAGAAAAUAUCAGUGAUUAUAUAAAUUAUACUAGAAAGGAUGUGCUUGGAAAAGAUAUUUAUAAUAUUCUUCACCACGGAGAUCACAAUAAAUUUAUGCCGGGUAUUUUACCGAUGUCAGUAGCUGGUUGGUCAAAUGAGCCUCAAGUGCAAACGCGUAAUCGUACCUUUGAAUGUCGUUUUUUGGUGAAACCACCCGACGACAAAGAAGAGACAAUGGAAGAGAAGCAACAGCGUGUUUCCAAGUACGAGACAAUGCAGAUAUCGUCAAAUUUACUAAAUGAUACCAGCGGCUUGAUAAACGGCGCGCUCGGUCUACCUGCAAUUGGAGCAAAUGGAAGCGUCAAUGUUGCGAGCGUGGCCGGUAGGAGCGAGCCAAACAGUGACGUCAGCGAGAUUUCGGACAUGGGGCCGUGUGUCAUGUGCGUAGCCCGCCGAGUGCCUCUCGAUGAAAAGCACAUCGGCCAGUUCUCCCUCAAAAUUGAUACAAAUGGAAAAAUUCUCAGUAUUGACACCAACUGGCUCAAACCCGAAAUAAUGAAAUGUUUGGAAAAUAAGGAUUUAAUCAAUAAAAAAAUUCAAGAUUUGUGCCACCCAAAUGAUCUCAAUAAAGUAGUAACUCAUUUAAGAGAUACUUUACAAAUUGGAGAAAGCAUCAGUCAAGUGUAUCGAUUGGUCAUAACAAAGGAUACAUUCCUCAAUGUCCAAACGAAAUCAAAACUUUUCAAAACGAAUUCAACGUGUGGAACGGAAAAAGACUUCAUUAUGUCCGCUAAUUCAAUACUGGGAGAUAAUGAUUAUGCAUCGUUAGAAGUAGCCCAUGCACAAGCUACCUGCAUCAGUACAAAAAUUUGCGCAGGUCAUUCCAGUGGCUUAUCUCAUUUAAUGACCGGCAGUGGAACAAGUAAUGGAAGCAUUAGUCCUGUCGGUAACAAUAGUGGGAUGGCUCUAGGUAUUGGCAAUAAUAACGUUGGAGGACCCCUCAUUUCGGUAGCCGGCCAAAUGAAUGGACAAGUGAGGACUGGUAUGGGGUCUAAUGUUAGUGGACGAUCCUCCAGUAAUUUCCCAAACGAAUCCGAAUACAAUCAGUUUAACUCGGCUGCUAGUAUGGAUCUUGAAUUUGACCUGUUCUCGAAUGCAAGUUUAGAUAUGGAAGAAGCCAACGGUAACUUUUGGAGUUCGGUGGAAACUACGAAUAGAACAGAUUCACGUCAAAUUCCGAGUGGUUCGCGGCAAAGACCGAGCUCUAGGACGAGUUCUCAGCCUAACACAUCGAUCAUUGCCUCACCUGCUGUGACUCCGGCUCACUGCAGUCCUAUGCGAGCCUUCAGUCCAAAUACAGCACAUCCUUUCAACAAUCCAUUUCCGUUUAGUCCAUUGCAAGAAACUCAAUCUGCCAGUCUUGGACAAUCUAGUCCAGUCGAUCAGUCUCAGCAACAGCAACUAUCGACGCGAAAUAAUGGUCCUAUAGAAAAGUCGACCGAGCAGCCACCUCAACUGCACAAAGUAGAGUCUGGUAGAUUGCGUAACUUAUUGACCAAAGGUAGUGGUGGUUUGAAUGGCGAAACCGAACAAUUACCUGAUGAAAUUAUGGAGGACGAUAAGCAACCAAAUCGUAUUCUUAAAAUUCUUUUGAAUCAGCAAGAUGAAGAAGAAUAUCAGCAGCAACAGCAAUCAGACCAACUGGAAGCGAUGACGGUGAACAAACAAGCACAAUCCAAGAUUACAGAGCAAAUGAAAUCUAAUUCCAUGGAGUCUGGCAACAACAUGUUGUUGCAAUUAUUAAAUGAGAAAAAUGACGACGACGAAGAGGGAACCAGUGGUUCUGUCAAAAAACGAAAUGAAUUACUCACACAAUUACUUAAGGACAAUGACAAUGAAAAGUUUAUUAAAAGUAAAAACAGUGAAGACAAGCUGUUGAGAAGUUUGGGAUUUCGUGGAUCGUCGCCUACUAGUUCCGAGUCUGAUCAUGGAGGUCAAAUUGCCGGUAAUAGCGGCCUAGGACAUGGUCAGAAACGGCCUGCCGACGGUUCUGAGCACAAAACAUCUGGAAAACGUGGCAAGGAUGGUACUCAAGUGAGUUCUUCUGCUUCCAAUAAUCCUAGCAAACUUUGGGAAAAGAAUCGUAUGCUGGCGUCAUUGUUGGCUAAGCAACCCACGCAACCAGCUACGAUACCUCCAGUACCUGAUUCUGUGCUUUCGGCUACUCCUCAAGAUAAAUUACCUCGCAAUAUUGCUGGACGUAAGCAACAACAACAGCAGCAGCAACAACAACAGCAACAACAACAACAACAACAACAACAACAACAACAACAACAGCAACAGCAGCAGCAGCAACAACAACAACAACAACAACAACAACAGCAGCAUCAACAACAACAGCAACAACAAGCUCAACAGCAAGCUCAACAGCAAGCUCAACACCAACAACAGUCGUGGUCGAAUAGCCCUGUACAACCUGUUGUUAGUAAUGUCUCUGCUGCAAGCUCUACAUCGAAUCGAACGUCCAUGCAACAACUACAAAUGAGACAACAACUUCACCACCCGCCUAAUCCAUAUCUUAUGCACCAACAACGCAAUUCGCAAUCAGAACAGAUGGAAGCUGAUUUCUUGAGUACCCAAGAUUACAGGCAACCAUCGAUUGAUUCGUCGGAAUUAGAAAUUGGGUCUGAUGCUGUUGGCCUUUCGCAGAUUCUUGAUAGUCUUAUAGAUAUUGUACCAGAAAAUAAAAACGCUCCGAGUUUGCUGGACAAAGCUAUAGCGCAGCGUAACGAAAAACUGGCAAUAAAUGCAAUUCAAGAAUCAUUAAUGCGAGUUGAGUCGGACGUCAAUGCAACGUCUACCAGUAUGACCAUAACUGGGACGCCGCCUUCCUAUUCUACUGCGCUGGCGAAUUCCUCAGUGACUCAGAGUCAAAAUUAUCAACCGCCUCCGAUGUAUCAACAGCAUGCGCAAAUGCAGCUUCAGCAACAACAGCAAGCUCGAAAUCGAUUAGGCACGGCUCAAAGUGGAAUUCGGCAAGCUGCGGCCCAGUUUCCUCCACAACAGCAGCAACAACACAUGCAAAUUCAGCGAAAGUUGUUGCAUCACCAACAACAACAGCAGCAGCAGCAACUCAAACAAAGAUUGUUACAACAACAGCAGCAGCAACAGUUACUUAUUCCUUCAAAUGCAACAGCUCCAGACCAAAUAUCUACAGGCAUUCAAAAUAUUGAUAAUCUUUUGAAUAACACAGUUGCGCCAAAUGUGACCUUACAGAAUACGUUACUUUUUCAGCGAUCGAGUCUGUCAGAAUCACAAGUAUCUCCGAAUUAUAGUGGAUCCGUCCAAAUGCCUCAAGGGCAACAACAUCGCCUUCCACAAGCAUAUUCUACUUUAGCACAACAUCCGGUCGUUAACAAUACCUUCAACAAUGGUCAACAAGUAACGGCCGCUGCGAAAUUAUCACCGCAUUCGCCGGUGAAUACACUGCCUUUCUCGCAUCCUCAACCUUUAUCGCCAAGGGUUACUCAACAGUCUGGUUAUUCUUCCAAUCCACGUAUAUUCAAUCAGAUUCGUACGCAACAAAUAACGAAUCAGCAACCAGGGUUACAACAACAACGAUCGAUGUCAUCUCCGGGAACUCCCGUCUCGGCACGACAAUCGCCGUACCCAGCUGAAGCUUUUCCACCACCUGCAUCUCCGACGGCCAGUCAAUUUCCUCCUGCCCAAAGUACAAACGUUUCGAUAGCAUCGCCUCAAUAUCGAUUACAACGUGCAAUAUCUACGUCAACGACAACUACUCAAGUAUCAGGUGGGGUCGGUUCGCCCUGUCAUUACGGUGGAAUAAACAAGGAGCAAUCUUUAAUGUCGCCUAGUCAUAGCCUUGCGGGUUGCUCAGCAACACCGUCGCAUAAUCAGCAUAAUGCCAACAGUAACCAACACUUUACAAACCAUGCACAGCAUUCAUCUUUAAUGUACCACAACUCUGGUGCACCAAAUAGUCAGUACUGUUACGAGCGGACGCAAAAUACUCUAUAUCAGGCAGGACCCGAAGAUGUACAAGACGUUAGAACGCAACCUUCCAGCAAUGCUGCCAGUCACCAACUAGGUGGAACACAUUCUGAGUAUGUCAGAAAAGAAUUAAGGACAGUGGUUGAUGCAAGGAUGCUUAAUAAUAUGAAUCAGCACCAGCAGCAGCACCACCAACAGCAGCAACAGCAAAGGGUACCAAAUAAUUUUCAAAAUAACCUGACUGGUCAGGUGUUACAGGAAGAUUUGGAUACUCUUGGUCUUUCUUAUGACGUAGCAAAUUCAGGAUUAGGUGAUACAUUGGGUAGCGAUGGCUCUGCCAAAAGUUGGUCCAUUAGUAGUACUGGAACAACCCCUGCGUCCUCCAGGAUUACUAUGGAAGAGGUGGUACAAGGUGAUCCAAAGUCAUCACUACUCCAGAAACUGUUAUCAGAGUGACUGCUAGUUAUCCAUCUCUAUCAUAAGAAAACUAGUUUUAUAGUUGAAUAUUAAGAAGAAUAAUUUAUUAAAAGGAUUUACGAUAAUCCCUGUACAUGCAAGAAAUGUUACAAUAAAGUAAAAAUGUAUUAUAUACUUACAUUUUAAAUUUAAAAUAUAAACAGAUUCAUAAAAUUAAUUGCAAUGAAAACUAUUGUUAGUGACCUUUUCAUGGAUGCGAUAAUGCCUUUAAAACUUAGCUAUUAGAGACGAUAAAUUUUCUUUAAAAAUAUGAAUAUUAAAUGCAGCGAUAUAUUUGUUAUAAGUUGAAUAUAUAAAAAACAAAAUGGCAAGUUUUUUUUAAAUGGUUCUACAGGGUUGAGAAACUUGAAAAAAAAAGAGAAUGAUAAAAUAAUCAAGUUGUAUAUAAAAUAAUAUACAUGUAAAUGAUGUAUGACUCAAAUUUAAAGAGACUUGAGCAAGUUAUCCAUGAUAGUGUCAUUGAUUCAUGAACUUUUAAUAUAUUUUUCAUUUCGUAUUAAUGUAUGAUAAACUGUAUGUACCUAUCUUGUAUACAUGAAAACACUACUGGCUGUUAAACUAGAAUAAUACAUAGAUUAUAUUACCGUAUCAGAACAAGAAUGGAGCAUCAUCAUGUUCUACUUUAUUCAAAUACCCCAAAUUAUAAAAUAAUUUACAUUUGUGAUUGUGAGAAUCUGCAACCAAAUUGUGACAAAGAAUACUUGUUGUUGUUAUUAUGAUUUUAAUAAUACAUUAAAAUGGCAAUUAUUUUAUUACUAUUGACAUCAUUUUUACAUUAAUUAAUGCGAUUGUUACAUUAAUAAUCCUAAAAUAAUAGAAUGAUCCUUUCAUCAACAAAAUUAGUUAUUUCACUCGCAUAAAAUAUUGUUCUCACUAAGAAUUUAGAUGUAACGUUAGAUGUGAUGCAUUCAUAUUUUCUCUAUCUAAGAAGACUAAAGGAGUGAUGAGUGAUCGUCUCUUGUAGACCUAUUCUAUACAUAUUAGUUUUAAAGAGAAAUAUGUGUAUGUUUGUAUAAGUGUCCGUUAAUUACAAACUUGGUAUUUUAGGGCGUUCGCCUCCCUUCUUGUCCAGAAAGUUCACGAUGCUAACAAAUUAGAAAAAGAGUCGUAGAAAAUCAAUAGAUUUUUUACAAGUAUAUAUGGGUGAACUUGAUGUUUGGAAAGCUAUGAAAAAGUUAUUUUUUGUAUUAAAAACAUUUGGAGGGAGGAAAAUAAAUAAUUUAGUUACAAACGGACAACUAGGUGUGCAUAUAUAUUACACAAUAUAAGCACUCAAACAUACAUACAUACACUUAUUACACAGCGCAUAAUAGAUUAUAUGUUUGCGCUAGAUUUGAUGUUGAAGUGAGGUUGUAUAAAAACUCUAUUAAUCGAGUCCUGUAAAUAUUUCUUAUAUGAGUGCAUGCAAAAAAUAAAUGGGUGUAUUAUAACAGUGAGUUUAUGUACAUGUAUAAUUGCGUCUGUGUACGCAUAGCUGCGUUAUGGUUUCUUUCAUUUGAGUAAAUGCUCUAAUUAUUACACAUAUUCAAAGUUGGAACAGCGUGAAAAAUUAAGCAGAGAUUGAAAUAGAUUUUUUAUUUUUUAAAAAUUUGAAACUUUGGAUGUAAACCAGAUUUUACGAAAAAUAUCUUCAUAUCACUAAAAACAAAGUAAUGUUAUACAAAAUUCAGAUUUUGCUUUUGCGUAGUUAUAUCAUUGCAUAAGAAAUCCACUGGUUUAUUUGAUAAAUUAAUGAUUGUAAGAGUACAUACCUAAAAUAUAAUACAAAUUGAGAGGUAAUGUUACAGUUGAAAUUCUGAUGGUUAGAUUCAAGUACUCUUGAUUCAAAAAGUGUCAUCUCUCUGACAGGAUCUAUCAUUUGCACUUGUUUUCUUGCAUUAAAGCUUGUGAUUAUUCUUUCAAACUUACUCUUUUUCUAUGAUACACUUUUUUGUUACCUAUUAAAAUUACAUUUUUUUUAAAGAUUAAAAUUUAAUGUUAAAAUUUUUAAAGUUAAAAAAUUAUAAAAUGGAUAUCACGUGAAUGAAAAUACUGUUAAUGUUAAAUUAAUGAAUAUAUACAUAAUUUUAUAGAAUGUUAUCUCAAGUAAGAUAUAAAUAUUUUUUGUACUUACCUAUUUAUUUUCUGGUUAUAGGUAAAAAAUCAUACAUUUCAUUUUCAUUAUAUCGAUUCAUUCAAUUCAUUUCAUGGGCAAAAGUAAAAUUUUAUUUCAUUUUUAAAAGUUAUUGAGACUGAUGAAUUUCAGGAUAUUUUUAACAGGUGAAAAAUAUUUAUGAAAGCAAAUGUUAAAUGUUUCAUUUUUUACAUUACUCAUGAAAAUUGCAUUGUUAAGUUUCACAUAGAUACAUAAUACAUUGAUUUUCAAUUUUUAGAUCUCUUAAGAGUUUUAGGCAAAUAAAGAGUUCACUACAAAUAAAUGAAAAAUUAGCUAUUAAUUCAAUUUUGUUUAAUGAAAAUCUUUUAUUUAAUUAUCUUAAACUAUUUAUUGUAAGUUAAUGAGUUAUAGACUAUAAUUAAAAAUUAAAAAUAUUAUGGCUUUUCGAUGUGAAAUAAGAACUAGCUAAAUUUUGAAACGAUUUCUUCUAUUCUAGAAUUUUUUAUAUCCACCCAAAAGUUUUUAUGCAAUUCAUACACAAUAUUUUAUGAUAUAUAAAAGCAAUCAGUGCAAUAUUUUUUUUCUUAAAGGAAAAAGCUGGAACUUGAUAGAUUGGAAUAUUUAGUAGUUUGUGACUCCUGUUUGUGAAAUGACAUCUUUUUGAACGAUUUAUACUUUAAAGCCUGUUGAAAAUGAUUUUGUUUUAAUUGUAAAUAAAACCAUAGAUAUAUACGACAUGAAGUACCAUAAUGGUUUCUUCUCCUCGAGCUCUUCAAUUGUUUGUUCAACUAUUUGAUUUUCGUAAAAAAUGUUAUAGGUAUUUAUAUUUUUGUUGGGAAACGAUGAAUUUCAAUAGUAAAACUUAUGUAAACAGAUGUAAAUUCUUGAGAAAUUUUUUUACACUUUAAGUAUUUUACUUGUGUGAGCAUCUAACAAUAAAGUAUGCAAUAUUUGUAACAUUGUGAAGCAAAAUGACUUCAACUGACGUUGCUAUGUACCUGUACGUAUGCUACAUUGCAUACAAACAUAAACUUAUUCAUGUUAUGUAUAAAAAUAAGUGUUACAGUAUAUAAAAA